UUUGGAUUCUCCUCAACGGCCUGAGUUACUCCACGGGCGUCUGCUUUAGACUAUCUGUCAUUUUGGAAUCAUGCCCCCCAAGAAAAAGAACGACGCCCGUGGAGGAGCCCCCAAACCGGGGACCAAAGCUGCCAAAGCUGCCGCCGAACGAUCGGCGGAGACAGCGAAGAAAGCGCAGGCUUCUACGGAGGAGCCUAAGAAACCCUCAGUAAAGGAGGUUAUUGGAGGCGCAUCAUGGACCGGAAAGCUGCCGGUCAAUAUGCUUGCGGAGCACUGCCAGAAGCAGAAGUGGGAGAAGCCUGAGUAUACAAUGAUUAAAGUCUCGGAGGGCUUUGUAUCCUCCGUUAUUCUGAAGCGCAUCGAUCCGAAGACUCGAGAAACUGUCGUACUCCCUCCUAUGAAACCCCCUCCGUCCCACAAGCAUCUCGCCGCGCAACCAACGGCGCUAGAGGCGCGCCAUUUCGCUGCUGCUUAUGCCCUAUUUCGAGUCUGUAACAUGAAGAAUAUUCAUAUGAUGCUUCCGCCCACCUAUAAGAAGCUUUGGAAAGAGGAUUUUACGGAGAUCAAAUCGGCAGAUACCAAGGGAGGGAAAGGAUGGAUGUACGAGGCAGAUCCGUUCCUCGCCAAGCAGGAGCGAGAAAGUGCAGCUGCAGACUUGGAGAAGAAGCGGAAAGAGCGCGAAAAGACACAGGCGAAGGAGGCAGAGAAGACGGUUGACUUGGGACUGGGCUCUAGCGGUGAUAACAGGGGCAAGAAGAUCUGGUCGCAAGCACCAAAGGUCGACCUUGGGGGCAAAGUGCGCCGUGAAAUCGAGGGUAUACUGCGGCAGCACGCCAUUUGGAAUCCUUAUAACGUGGAGAUACCGGAACGCGAACGCAAAUCUAUUGUCGAUGAGCUCACUCAGCUGGGCUUCCGGCGCAGCCACGUUGAGGAGGCGACAAGCACAUGCAAGGACCGGGAGGAGGUCCUGGAAUGGCUUCUUAUAUAUGUCCCGGAAGAUGACCUUCCGCGUUGGUGUCUACCUGAAGGGUACUCCGCCGGUGUGAGCCUUGCCAGCGAUGAUCUUGCAAGAGAGGCCAGAAUCAAACGCCUCGCCUCCAUCGGCUACCCUGCUGACCUGUGCUCGCGCACAUUGGAUAGCAAAAAGGGUGAUGAACUUGCGGCAGCAGAGUUCCUCCAAAGCACACUGGUGCACGGGUCGAGUUCUGCUGCCGACUCUUCGCCCAUUGCGGAAGAGGAUCUAUGGGCAGAAGAGCAAGAAACCCUGGAGGCUAUCUUCGGCGAACGAUACAAGCGAGUUUCGCCUAAAGUCUGUGAAAUAAAGAGUGAGGGAUCAGACUUACCAGAAUCUUUGACAUUCCGUUUCCAAAGGCCUUCUACGCACUAUCCCUCAUCUGUCCCGGUUAUCUCUAUUCUGGCCAAGGGCAUUCCAGCUUACAUACGCCUGAGCGCUAUACGCCAGGUGGUACAGUACUCUGAGGAGAACUUCUUCGGUGAGCCCAUGAUAUUCAAUAUCCUGGACUGGCUGGAGGUCCAUCUGCCGGAAGUUAUGGAGAAUCCAGGGCGUCUGAGGGAUAUCUCGACAGUUUCUGCUUCUCCAACUGCCACCGGAUCUGUAUCUCAACUCCCUGUUCGCCAAUCGCGCAAGAAGGGCAGAGACGUGAACUGGCAGGCGGGCUCGCCGCAAAGCGUCGCGCUGAGAGAAGCCUGGGAAGCGAAGCAGACAACCAAGGCCCAGCAAGAGAUGACUAGGAAACGACAAGCUCUUCCAGCCUGGAACACACAGGACGCUAUCAUUCAAGCCGUGAACAAGUACCAGGUUACUAUCAUCUCUGGUGAGACCGGUAGUGGAAAGAGUACCCAGUCCGUCCAAUUCCUGCUUGAUGAUCUGAUCAAGCGAGACCUUGGCGCUGCCGCCAACAUUAUCUGUACCCAACCUCGCAGAAUUUCUGCCUUGGGUCUCGCAGAUCGCGUAUCCGAUGAGCGAUGUGCGUCGGUUGGUGACGAGGUCGGAUACAUCAUCCGAGGCGAGUCGAAGGCCAAGGCAGGCACAACGAAGAUCACAUUUGUCACCACUGGUGUUCUGCUCCGUCGCAUGCAAUCUGGCAGCGGCCCCGACGGUAAUGUUGCAAGCUCUCUCGCGGAUGUCACCCACGUCGUGGUGGAUGAGGUACACGAACGGAGUCUCGACACUGAUUUUCUUCUGGCUCUGUUGAGAGACGUCCUUCGCUAUCGGAAAGACAUCAAGGUCAUCCUCAUGAGUGCCACUCUCGAUGCCGACAUCUUCAUGAACUACUUCGGCGGUAGCAAGUCCGUUGGAUUUGUUAACAUCCCAGGACGGACCUUCCCCGUCCAAGAUAACUACUUAGACGAUAUCAUCCGCGACACAGGGUUCUACCCUGAGUUCUCUGAACGCGACUACGAGGAAGAAGACGCAGUCUCAUCCGCCCAAGCUGACGAGUCCCUUGGCAAGGUCCUCCGCAGUCUCGGAAUGGGAAUCAACUAUGAGUUGAUUGCCUCCACAGUUCGAUACAUAGACGCCCAGCUAGGCGACCAGCCAGGAGGCAUCCUAAUCUUCCUUCCCGGAACGAUGGAGAUCGAACGGUGCCUGAACGCUGUGAAGAGAAUCCCCAACGCCCACCCACUCCCCCUUCACGCAUCUCUCCUCCCAGCUGAACAACGGCGCGUCUUCCUCAGCCCUCCCAAGGGCAAGCGCAAGGUCAUCGCAGCAACCAACGUUGCCGAAACAUCCAUCACAAUCGAGGAUAUCGUAGCCGUCAUCGACACCGGCCGAGUCAAAGAAACAAGCUACGACCCCCGCGACAACAUCGUCCGACUGCAAGAAGUAUGGGCAUCCCAAGCAGCCUGCAAACAACGACGUGGUCGAGCCGGUCGUGUCCGCGCCGGUACAUGCUACAAGCUCUACACCCGCAAAGCAGAGGCAAACAUGGCACAGCGUCCCGACCCCGAAAUCCGUCGAGUACCCCUCGAGCAGCUCUGCCUAUCCGUCAAAGCCAUGAAGGGCAUCAACGACGUCGCCACCUUCCUAGCCAACACCAUCACCCCACCCGAAAGCACCGCCGUCGAAGGAGCCCUCGACUUCCUCCACCGCGUCGGCGCUCUCGACCACGACAAACUAACCGCCCUGGGCCGCUACCUCUCCAUGAUCCCAGCGGAUCUUCGCUGCGCAAAGCUGAUGGUCUACGGCUCCAUCUUCAGCUGCAUCGACGCCUGCGUCACCAUCUCCGCCAUCCUAACCGUCAAGAGCCCGUUCGUCUCCCCGCGCGAGAAACGCGACGAAGCCAACGCCGCAAAGGCCUCCUUCUCCAAAGGCGCCGACGGCGACCUUCUCACUGACCUCCUCGCCUACCAACAAUGGUCCGACCGCGUCAACGCCCAAGGCUACUGGCAAACCCAAUCCUGGUGCUCCGCCAACUUCCUCUCCCACCAAACCCUCCGCGACAUCUCCUCCAACAAAUCCCAACUCCUCACCUCCCUCAAAGACGCCGGCCUCCUCCCCGUCAACUACUCCUCCUCAGACUCAUCCUCCCACUGGAACCGCAACGCAACCAACAAACCCCUCCUCCGCGCCCUAAUCGCCGGCGCCUUCCAACCUCAAAUCGCACAAAUCUCCUUCCCCGACAAGAAAUUCGCCAGCUCCGUCACAGGCACCGUGGAAAUCGACCCGGACGCACGAACAAUCAAAUACUUCAACCAAGAGAAUGGCCGCGUCUUCAUCCAUCCUUCCUCCGUCUGCUUCUCGGCCCAAUCGUACCCUAGCUCAUCUGCAUAUCUCAGCUACUUUACCAAAAUGGCCACGAGUAAGGUGUUUAUUCGUGAUUUGACGCCCUUCAACGCCUACUCCCUCCUCCUCUUCUGCGGAUCCAUUGACCUCGACACCGCAGGUCGCGGCUUAAUCGUCGAUGGAUGGUUACGGCUGCGCGGAUGGGCUCGGAUCGGUGUUUUGGUGUCCAGGUUGCGGAUGAUGCUGGAUGAGAUUAUUGCCAUGAGGAUUGAUCAGCCUAAUGGUGGUGGUAGUGGUGCAGGGGGUGGUGAUCAGACGAAGACGGCGGAUAAGGUGGUUGAGGUUGUGAAGAGGUUGAUUGAGUUUAAUGGGUUGGAUCAGUGAGGAGGGUUUGGGUAUAUAUUUUUGGGUGAGAUGUUUUGGUUACUGGUGAAAAUAUCUUGGGGUAGAGGUAUGGAUAUUUACUAGUAAGGUGCUAGAUGCUAGACAGAUGAUGAUACAAAAGUAGAUGUGGG